AUGACUCUUCUCUCCAGAGUGCUCAAUCACAACUCUGAGAAGACGAGGCCUCCACUUUCCCCGAGGACGCUGGCGUCCAAUAUCAAGAGCCCUCGUGUGAAGCUUUCGAUAACUUUAGAAUCUCCUCCUGUCGUCUUGUAUGGUCAGCCUCAUGAAUCGUCCGGCUCCAUUGUUUCUGGCGUGCUACGCAUGGAGGUGCUCCCUUACCAGAGAGGCACCGACAGUCCCAAGAAAACUCCAGACUCUCUCACUCCGGUAUCUUCAGUGGGAAGUGUUGGUACAGACUCUGAAGUUGAGCUCACCUCGGUGACGCUUCUGCUUGUUCAGACUAUGCGCUACACCAAGCCUUUCCAGAUUCCAUCGGGAUCGGUGGCGUCAUGUAAAUCAUGUGCUACAAAGCGAAACACUUUGGCCAGGUGGGAUGUUUUAAUUGAGCCUGCUACUUUCGCUGUUGGGAUCCACGCCUAUCCCUUUUCACAUCUUCUUCCUGGUCUGCUCGCCGCAUCCACAAAAUUAGGCACCAACCAGUCACACUCAUAUAUAAAGUACGACAUUAUAGCAGUGGCUGUGGCCGGAUCAAAGAAAAUCACUGCUCUGCUACCAUUGUGUGUGCUGAGGUCUAUUCUACGAGGCCCAGAUCGAAACUCUCUUCGAGUAUUUCCUCCUACUGAUGUAACUGCCAGCGCUGUGUUGCCGAACGUCAUAUAUCCGAAGUCAACGUUUCCCAUUGAGCUACGAUUAAAUAAUAUCGUGAGUUCAAAACAAGACCGGCGCUGGCGAAUGAGAAAACUCACGUGGAAGUUAGAGGAAAACACCAAAGUACGUGCGUCUGUCUGUUCGAAGCAUGAAAAUAAAUUACAACUCACGAAGGAGCUGCAAAGGCAAGCUCAACUCAGCAGACUAAAGUCAGGAUUACAAGAAAAUAAGACCUCGGGUCUUCAUCAUCUGACAGUACAAACUUCGAUGCGUCUUGAGACACCUCCUUCACAGAUGUUUAGAGCUGCAGACGCAGCGGCAGCCAUCGAAGCUACUGAAUCUGGAAAUCGUGAUAUCGAUGAACAGCCUGAGAUCGACGAAGGUGUACCCAAUAGACCUAUUGACGAGGCUCUAAAUUUUGAUCUGGACUUUUCUCGUCUUAGAGCGACACCAACGAGCCCUGGAACACAAUCACCUUCCAAUGCAAAUGCGAGCGGGUCAGCAAAUACGCCCUCUCAGGCCGACAGAAUAAGACCUAUGCCCAGUCAUCCAUUCACUAAUAAUCAUCGCACGACAGUUGAUGAUUUACGUCCCCUGUCCACAAAUAGAAGACUGUCAGAUUCAGGGAUGCCACAAGAAGAGCUCUAUCUUGACGAGCUAAGAGUUGUUUCCCAUGGCGAAAUAAAGUCAGGCUGGAAAUCCGACUUUCUGGGUAAAGGACGUAUUGAGCUUGUUGCAGAGAUCUCGGCCAUGGAGUGCUCGACGGGAAUGCAAAGACAUGUCACGCAAGCUUCUUCUACUGAUCCUAAGCAAGACGAGACACAAGAAGGUUUACGUAAUGGAGCCAACAUAUCGUGUGAUAUUGACGACCCUGCUUUAGGCGUGUUCGUCAACCAUCUUUUGGUUGUGGAGGUUGUCGUUGCCGAGGAACUCAUUCAUGUUGCUAGGCAAAAGGCCCAGGGCGACAGUCUAACCCCUAUCGACUCGUCAACUUCCAUUAAUUCGACAAUGAAUGUAAGGGAAACCCAGGUUGGUGUUCCCACUGGAGCUGCUCGUGUAUUAAGAAUGCAAUUCAAGAUGAAUGUCACGGAGAGAUCAGGACUUGGGAUAGCUUGGGACGAUGAAGUACCUCCCAUGUACGAGGAUGUCAGGGCAUUGAGCCCUCCUACUUAUCUGAGGCUGGCUACUGAUACACCACUUCUGAGUUACACUGCCACACCCGUUACAAGUUCCAGACAAACACCAGCUAUUUUGUACGGAGAAGGUGAGACGCCGGGGUUGGCUGCUUUCAAUAGUAAUUCCUUAAUUAUGAACAGCGAUCUUAGCGAUUUGGACGAGCAAGUUCAAGACUUCCGACUUUGA